GGCGUUGGAGCGCCGAGAGACACGACGGCUCUCCCCCGACUAAUGCAACCUUAUUGUUAGGAGAGCGAGGGGACUGUUAACCAAAGAGACCUAAACAUUCACAGAGACUCCUCCACGCACCGGCGGAGACAAUAGCGGAUUCCAACAAAUGCAUGUCGCUGUAACGGUAUAGCUGGUUGUAUAGACCCACGCUGCUACCCCACUGGUGGAAAUCAAAGGCUGUACAUGGCGGUGGAGAGUACAAUUUGGCUGUUCUGUCUUCUUUCGCUGUUUUGUGGUCCAUCCAAGCAAGAAAAGCCUGUUUCGGUAGAGCUGAGCUGCGGGGCUGGGCCCAGCCAUGUAGUGUUGGAACCAGGUUUGCCCCUCUUGCUGGACUGCAAUCUGGGGGCCAGCGAUACACCUUUCAAUGUCACCUGGUUUAAGGAUGGCCAGACCCUGCCUUUGGGGGGGGGUGACUAUCUGCAGUAUUUGGCCAAUGGAUCCCUCCUCCUGCUGCCGACCUCCAAGGAUGGCCAGCCUGCGCAGGACAUGGAGGGGGGCUACAGCUGUGUGACUGCCAGUGCCCUUGGAGCCCUGACCAGCCGGACUGUAAAUGUACUAUUGGCAAGUCUGUCUAAGUUCCAUCAGGAGCCAUCAGCCCAAACAGUGUCCACUGGGGGAGCUGCCCGCUUUGAGUGCCAGAUUGAGGGAGUACCCACACCUGUUAUUACCUGGGAAAAGAACAAAGCGGCUCUCCCUGAGGAGACAAGGUUCAUUUCUCUCCCUAACGGGGUGCUCCAGAUUCUAGAGGUGACCAAGGAGGACGAGGGUGCUUACCGCUGUGUCGCGUCCAACUCAGCCAGGAAGGACAUCAGUCAUGAAGCCAGGCUCACUGUCACCGCAGGCUCUACUGAAGCCCUGAACAGAGUUGUGAUCGUUGCACCACCCCAGAACACCACGGUGGUGCUCGGCCGCCCCGCUGUGAUGGAGUGCAUGGCACAAGGCCAGCCGAAGCCACUGGUGUCCUGGAGCAGACAAGAUGGAAAGCCCAUUUCCACAGAUGUGGUCGUCCUCGCAACAAACUUGGUGAUUAGAGACACAAGGCGUCACCAUGCCGGCAUCUAUGUCUGCCGAGCCAAUAAGCCCAAGACCAGAGAGUUUGUGUUUGCUGCUGCCGAGCUGCAUAUACCUGCCCCUCCAGUGAUUCUCCAGCCCCCAGAGACAGUGUCCCUCUCCCGGGGAAACACAGCCAGGUUUGUGUGCAACAGCUCUGGGGAGCCUCCUCCAGUGUUGCACUGGCUGAAGAAUGGCCAACCCAUCAAGUCCUUCAGACGAAUGAAGACGCAAAGCCCUGGAGUCCUGCUCAUCAACCAGCUGGCACUGGAGGAUGCAGGCUACUACCAGUGCAUAGCAGACAACGGGCUGGGCACGGCCUGUGCCACUGCCAAGCUGACGGUCAUUGUGAGGGAAGGUCUGCCCAGCCCUCCUCGUCACCUGUCUGCUACACCCUACUCCAGCACAACUGCCCUGCUCACCUGGGAGAAGCCUGAGUAUAACUCGGACCAAAUCAUCGGCUACUCUGUGCACUGCCAGCGCACUGCAGGCUCAGAUAACGUGGAGUACCAGUAUGCGAUGAACAACGACACCACAGAGUAUCACUUCAAAGAGCUUCUCCCCCAUACUGCCUACACAUUCUUUGUGGUGGCUUAUUCUCUCAUGGGUGCCAGUCGCCCAUCCCUGCCUGUUACUGUCGAGAUGCUGGAGGACGUGCCGAGUGCACCUCCUCAGCUGUCUAUAGCCAGCACCUCCCCCACAGACAUCAGGCUGAUGUGGCAUCCAUUGUCUUUGCAGCGCAGUCGAGGGGCUGUUACCCGCUACCGCAUUGAGUACAGCUCUCUGGAUCAGGUGGACACUGUGUUCUCAGUGGAGGUGGGGGGCAAUGAGACACAAUUUACACUGAGAGAGCUGCAGCCUAACCAGGCCUACCGACUGAGGAUAGCAGCUGGAACCGGAGUUGGCUUUGGGGUCCCAUCUGAGUGGGCCCAGCACCAAACAUUAGCCCACUACAACCAUAGCAACCACAGCAUGGUGAUCUUUGCCCCUACCGAGCUGAAAGUCAGAGCCAGAGUGAACACACUCAAUGUGACAUGGCAUCCCUCACCCAAUCACACACUGGUCUCUGGGUACAAGCUGUCCUGCCGAGAGGUAGAGGAGUCAGCCAAUGGAGAAAGGACUACACAAACCCACACCAUCAGGCUCCGUAAGAAGGCCAAGUAUCAUCUGCUAACUGGGCUGGUCCCUGACCGGCAGUACGAGGUGAGGGUUUGGGCAUUCAACAAGCAGAUAGACGGAGCAGCUUCUGUGUGGAAGGGAAGAACAGACAAAGCCAGUGACAGAACAUCGUCGCCGCCUAUGCGCCCCCCUCCGUUGCCCCCAAGCAGCAUCCAAGCCAAAGCCAACAGUUCCACCUCUAUCUGGCUGCGCUGGGAGAAACCGCGAUUCAGCAACGUUCGCAUCAUAAACUACACAGUCCGCUGCAGCCCAGCGGGAGCAACCAAUGCCUCCCUGGUCUCCUAUCACACCAGCUCGGCUCAGGAGAUACUGCUCGGGGCGCUGAAGCCCUUCACCAGUUAUGAGCUGGCGGUACAGUCUAAUGGAGUGGAUGUGGUGGGACCCUUCAGCACCACUGUGGAGGAAUCCACUUUGUCUGACCGGCCCUCCACACCUCCGGAAGAGCUGCAGCUGAGUGCUCUGGACUCCUCUUCUGUGCUGGUGAGCUGGCGCCCUCCACUGGAGCCUAAUGGUAUCAUCAUCAGCUACAUGAUCUUGUACAGUGGCAACCUCAGCCAGCCUGAGCACUUGUGGAAAAAUCUCUCUCAGGACGGGAGUGUAACCAGCGUGGAGGUCCAGGGUUUGUCCAGUGGCACCCAAUACUUUUUUAAAUUGGGAGCGUCUACUGAGGUGGGACCAGGGCCUUAUUCACCUGUAAAGGAUGUUCACACUCCCCUUCAGAAAUAUGAGCUCGACAUCCAUGCAGUGACAGGCAUCAUAGUCGGUGUAUGUCUGGGACUGAUAUGCAUUCUCCUCUGCAUGUGUUUCAGCUUUCGUAACAGCAAAUCCAGGGAGAUAUCAGGGGGCCUGGACUCCACAGCUGUGACCCCUCAGUACAGGAGAGGAGGCUGCCCCGUACCCUCCAACGUGCCAGAGUGCAGUGAUAGCCACGAGCUGGAGACACUGAUGCCCCCAGGCAGCCAAGAGUCUGGUCAGCCACUAGCAGAGGUCCCAGAGGAGCAGAGCCUGAUGGCAAGUGCUAAUCCAGGGGAUGGGGAGGAUGCCCCUGCAGCUGAACCCAAGGUGGCUUGGAACGGCUCUGUGAGUCACAAUUGGGCCAACAGAAUCACUAGAUACAGAGACACCAUAACAGAAGACUCUCCAACCCUCAUUAAUGGAGCUCUCAACAUGCUAAUUACUGAUAACGGCAUGGGCUUAGAUGAUCAUCUUUGUAAAUCUGUGUGCAGUAACCAGGUCGAGGCAGAAGUCAUCGUUCACUCAGAGCUGUCAGAUCCCGGGAGGGAGAAAGACGAGGGGGGCAGCGAAAGGGAGAAGGAUUCUAACACCACCAAGGGACCCUCAUUAUCAGAGGAUGGAUAUUCCCCUUUGAGCCAGCCAAGCCUGCCAGGAGAAGAGGAACCUCUAGAAAAACUAUCACUGGCCCAAAGCCUCUCAAGUUUUCCCUCGAUUAAGUUGGUUGGUAAUCACAACAGGAAGCUAGAAGGCACAGGUGACCAGCUGAUUGCAGACAUAGAGCCACAGCAGGACAUGGGGCUGACCAAUGGCUUCCACUCCCCUAAGUCUGUCAGGUCUGUGCUGAGGUCAGAGCAUCUGGAGAACGGGGACUCCAGACAACGCCCUUCUGCAUCAGGGAAGGCCAUCUCUGUUGGGCUGUCCACAGCCCCCUUUGUCAGCUCCGGCCUUGUCCACUCUACCUCAGCAGCACACAGUUAUCUGUGCCCAUAGCGUCUGCACGUGGGGCAUCGACCCUUCCACAAACAUAGAGACGAUCAAACUGAUUUUCUUUCAAAAGUACAAAAGCACCCAGGAAGAAUCCCUAAGGAUUAUUUUUAUGCACCUCAUUAUUGGAUUUCUUUCUCUUCCUUGCAAAGUUUUUAUAAGUACUUUGAAUCCAUACUUUCAUACGUGUGUACAGUACACAUAUACAGUAUAUUUUUAGUGGUAGAGUACUGUAUAUGGGUAUGCUUUCUCUAGCAUUGCAACCAUGUUUUCUUCUGGGUUUCUUUCCUGUCCGUGGGAAAGAAAAGAAAGAUUUAACUUAAACAAGUAGAUGGAAGUGGAUUGAAGGAGGCUAUUCCCACUUUGCCGCACAUGGCUCUGUUCCACUCAGGAAUAAGAAAGCCUGGAACGUUCCCUGAGUGAGUGAGCACUUGGACAGGCUAUAAUCAUGGCUGGAAGGAUCAGGAGUGGAGGCUCAGUGGGUCUCCCUGGGCUUCGUCGUGUGGAUGCCACUUUACUGUGGCACUGAGGAAUAAGCCUUAAAGAGUAUAUGCACACUCUGAGAGUGCAGAACACCUGUGUCUCUCUCCAGCCUCCUGCUGUCUCAGGGUCCGCGCGCACACACACACACACACACACACACACACACACACACACUUAAACACACACACCUAAACACACAGACACCACUAAAAUCAUAGCCGAUUCCAUGGAUUCUCACAGAAACUCACAUGGUCAAACGUAAACACACAUUUACACACACAUAUCCUGACUGGAGUGUGGGGGUCUCAGGUGCCUAAAUAUUCUAGGUGCGUUUAUAACCUCCUGUAUAUUUCUAUAGAUUAUUAUAUUCAGAACAAAUUCCAAACACAUGUCAACAUCUAGGAAAAAACGCUCAAAAUAUAAAAAGAUACUGAGUAUACAGAUUUGGUUCACAUGAAGUAUUUCUUUCCAAAAUGCCAUAUAUCCAGGUGGUGUGAUUUUGUAAACCAAGGACACUCAGUUGAAAAGUGAAGUGGGUUUUUUUGUUGUUGUUUUUUUUUGUUUUGUUUUAAAGAUGGUGGAUAUCUCAUUUUGGAAUCAAAGUAUUUACAUGUUCAUGUUGACACUGGUUUAAUUAUGUUGGUGAGAGAACUAGAGGAGAUGUUACAACAUCCCAUCUGUAGACGACUCUUCUGGUUUGGCUCCCAGUUAGGGAUGCACCAAUGUCCAUACUGUUGUCAAGAUACUGUGCCGUUAGUUGCAGCCAAUUAAUUUUUUAUGUGAAAUGCUUGCCAUGUGUUUAAUUCAAGGUAAAUUCAACUUGACUCUAAAAGCCUGAUUCAGCUGUAUGGGAAGUUUCCACAAUGCUCUAGUCUGACCAGAUACGAAAAGAGUUUGAUGAGAAAAAAUAAAUAAAUUUCCUCAAUUUUUUUACUUUGACCCAAAACUGUUCAAUGUAUUCCUUAAAUAUUGGAUCAGAUUGCUUUUCCUAAUUAACCAAUGUAUGAAGCUGAGUGAGUCAGUACCAUUUUUAGUGUAAAAGGGGAACUGGUGCAUCCCUACUCCUUAUCAACAGCACUACCUCAUUUCUUUUCAGGACGGUUUCCAGUGUGGUUUUAUUAGUGUUAUGUAACUAGCACCUUUUUAAGAUCUUUUUCUUAACUUGUCUGACUUGACAGCUUUCGGUAUUUGCAGAAAUAAUCAUUCUACACUAACUGUAUGUUCUAGUGUUAUGUUCAACAGGAAAUUGUCGCUUUAGUGCAUUGCAGCCUCUUGUCAGAUCGCUGAAAGAUUGUUUCACUCAGUAUUAUGCUACUUUUGAACCCCUACAGAAAACAAGCACACACAGCUUCUAGCCAGUUUCAACCAGUAGCAAUUCCAGCCAAACCGGCGCAAAAUAUAGACAAGGGAAUAAAUAGCUCCUGCAAUUUGACACUUGUGCCACUUGUGCGCCUAAUGGAUGUUUUAUGGAAUACAUAUGUAUAUAUAUGUAUAUAAAUAUAUAUAUAUAUAUGUAUAUGUACACACACACACACACACACACAUCGUGGGAUGUAAAAUGCGGAACCAAAACGUACUCACCAGCGUUUAAAACCUUGACAUUUUGUUGCAAAAUCCAUUAAUUCCCAUUUCAAAUGUUCUGUGUAAAGUUCAUCUUUGGUUAACUCUGACUCACUAAGCUGUCUUGAUAGUGCUGGCCUUUGAGGGGACAGAGUCCAAAAUGGAGGAACCUUAUUAGCUGUUUAACUCCAUAUACACCUCUGUAAGAGUAAAAACUGUUUCACCAAAGAGCAGACAGUUAUAAAACUGGAGUCUAUGGUACAAAAGCAUUGUUUGAAUAAACUGUGUGACCUUAUUGUCUCGAUAGCAACAAAAGCAACAAAGUAUUGUGAAAUGCUGAACAAAAUGCCACGUAAACUGAAAAGUGGAGAGAAAAUAGAGAGAAGCUUCGGAAACUGUCAUGAUUGACUAGUGCUUGAACGGCCAGGUCGGCUAACAAGUUAACAGUUGGUUCACCAGCUACAACAAGAUUCAAGAUUCAGUGAGCUCACUUAAACAAGGGCAGAAAAAGACAAAAUAGUAUAAUCACUCACUCAUAAAUCAAAUAUUACAUUAAACAAGUAUAAAACAGAUUUAUUUUUUUUAAAUAAUCAUUCAAGCAUAAUACAAAUGGGUAAAAUAAAAUAAAAUCCCACACAUAAGAAAACCUUAGAUGAUACACUAGCACCUGUAGUGGAAUUAGCAGCAACAUCAGAGAGAUAAAGUGCUUGAAGUGCAUCAAAAACGUCUGCCUUAUUAUUUAAACCCACCAAGUGGCCUGAAGUGCUAGGUUUAGAGUGUUAAGGAGGCAGACAGCUUCAGCAUAUGUAGAACUUUAAGGCCCUUCUUCUGUAAUCUAGCUUUAUAGAUGUCCGCUAGGGGCGGGAGAUUGCAUCCAAUAAUUCUGGUUGCAGUACGCACCACUUUGUCCAACUGUCUCCCGUCCUCAGCUUACAUGUUGCAAAACCACAGUUAUUGCAUAGGUAAGGAUGCUCUCCACUGCUUCUCUACAAAACUGCACCAUACCAUUCCUGGAUAUGCCAUAUUUCUUCAGUUGUCUUAAAAAGAAAAGUCUCUGGUGUGCUUUCUCGAGAAUAGUGGCGUUUUCCCCACAUUUCAAGGUGGAGGUGAUUGUCACUCCCAGGAAUUUGUAGCUGACCACCUUAUGAAUAUCAGCGUUGUUGAUUACCAGGGGUAGGGGGUCCCCACAGCCCCUGCAACAGUCCACCACUAAUUCCUUCGUUUUGGAAACAUUUAAUUCCAGGUUGUUUGCAUUAGUCCAGUCCACCAGAGAUAAAACCUCACUUCUGUAAGCAGUUUCAUCAGUCUUAGAGAUCAAACCCACGACUGUGGUGUCAUCAGCGAAUUUCAACAUCCCAACAGACUGGGAGUGGGCAAUGCAGUCAUUUGUGUGUAAUGAGUUCAGGAUUGAGGACAGUACACGCCCCGGUAGGGCCCCAGAAGAAUUUGUCGUUUAAGUUUGACCACCUGCGUCCUCUCCAACAAAAAGUCAAGAUAUUUUCGUUGGAGAGGACACAGGGACUGUACGAGUCCCAUAUGAUAAAGUUUGUCAUAGAGCCUGGAUGGAAGAAGAGUGUUAAAAGCUGAACUGUAAGCAGAACCCUUUCAUAGGUGCCAGAGGCCUCAAGGUGUUGAAAAAUAGAGUGCAGGCACAAUGAAACUGCUUCAUCAACAGACCUGUAUGCUCUAUAUGCAAAGUGAUGAGGCUCUAGGACAACGCUGGAGAGAUGGUUACAUACCAGGCAUCCACAGAUUUUCAUAACAGAUGUCAAAGCAACAGGUCUGUAGUCAUUCGGACAGCUUGGGUUGGGUUUCUUAGACACAGGAACAAUCACAGCGGACUUAAAUCAUGCUGGGACCCUCUGCCAUGCGAGGGACCAGUUAAGAAUCGCAGUUUAAAAUAGGGGCAAGUUCAUAUGCACAAUAUUUCAGGGUAGCAGAUGAUACCAGAUCAGGACGUGCAGCCUUCCUAUGGUUUUGCCUGCACAGCAGGUUUUUUUUACCUUAUUCUCCCUGAUUAAAAAGGAAAAAGGCUGUGAGUCAGCUUUAGUAUGAACCUGCAAUAGAAGUUAUUCAACUCAUCAGGCAGGCUGGGUUCAGUAUCUAGGGUGACAUAAUUUGUCUUGUAAUUAGUUAUUGAUUAAAAGCCCUGCAAUAGCCCUCUGCUGUCCAUCAAGUUAAGCUUGUCUUCUAGCUUGUCUAUAUACUCUGCUGUAGCUUUCUUUACCACUUUUUCAAAUAUAUACUUAAAUGUCGUAAAGAUUUUUGUCACCUUAUUUGAAUUUUUCUUCCUCCACAGUGUUUUAAUAUCUCUACUAAACCAUGGCUUAUUACUACCGUAAACCCUUACAGACUUGGAUGGAACACUUAUAUCUAUCAACAAAUUUGACGUAAGAUGUGACCAUAUCAGUAAAAGAGUCCAGGCUGUCAUUUGGCCCCUUCAAUACAGUCCGGUCAGUUGUAGCAAGACAGUCACCCAGCAUAUCUGUCGCUUGGGGGGGGACCAUUGUCUGACAGUCCUCCUGCAGGGUUUGGGAAUGAGAAAAACAGUGGUGCGGUCCAAUUCUCCCAGGGGAGCUCUCACUACAGUGUCUUAACACCUGUGAAAUAACACAAAAACAUUGAUUGCGCAUCUCCUCACCCUUGGGAGCUGUAAAAAUUUGCUCUCUAUACCUUGGCAAUGUUCUCCUUAAGCUGACGUGGUUGAAAACAACCAACAGGAAAACUACUGAGCCUGGAUGGGAGUUUUCUAUCUCCAUAAUAUGGGCGGAUAGCUGCUGUUAGCAGGGAUGUAUACAGUGGAUGAAAGAUGCACAUUUCCUGGGACUAAAAAUGGUAUGCAUCUGAUAGUAAGAGUCUCAAGUUCAGGAGAGCGUGACUGUGACAUAGUGCGGUGUUCACGCCGUCUUUGCCGCACCAAAAGGCCGGCUCUUCUCCCUCACUUCCCGGGCUUUCGCGGCUGGAUCGCACUGACACUCUCACCAACAGCAAAGUCGCCCGAAGUGUGUAGCAGCUUCGCUUUAAAGCCCAGCAUUUUCCCAUGUAUUUGUAAUAAGUGCAAAUGAUCAUAGUUGAUAAAACAGCGUGCACUUUCCACGCUGAAACUCACACACACACACACACAAAAAACACACACACAGCGUGAGCAACACAGUGUCACCAUAGCACGACACCAUCGUGCAAAAUCAGUUCACCAAGUAGCCCUGUGAGUAGUUACUAUGUCACCCCCUAUUUCACAGUGGGGUGUGACCAUGGCUUAACACUCAUUGCCUGCGGGUGGCACAAGUGUUAAUAUUACAGCAGCUUUAAUACUGUAUUUCUGUAGGAGGCGAUAAUUGACAUGUCUCUACUCUUGAGAAUGAGUUUGGGAGUUAGUUACAAGCUGGUUCCCAUAGGUGCUUAACAUUAAAAAAGACUAUUUUAAGGAUGCUAACACUAUGAUUUCACUAAUUUCACUUGUGGUGGAAAGAAAAGGGCGGGUAUUACUCUGUAUGAGUGUGAUGUAAUCUGUAGAUAUUAUUAUGGCGUUCAUCUGCGUGAUUCUGAAACAAUGGCGAGUUUGCCACGGUCGGGGUCAGUGGGUAACAAUAAUAAUAAUAAUAAUAAUAAUAAUAACAUCCUCUUUAAAAAAAUGAUAGAUUUAAGCAGAGCAUAGUCAGAGCAUGUCCAGCCCUGUUGUACAUGAUGUCUCAUCUUCUCUCAGGUGGUUUUCUUCUAGUCAUCCAGCAGUGAGAAAGGGAGUGGACAAACCCCUUCAAUCCUGCCUAUGUUUCUAUCCAUGUCCAUGCAACUGUAAAAAUCUCACUAGCUCAACCCAAAAACACCCACAACAGAAAUGUAAAUGGUUCCUCGUGACAUGUAUGAAACAUCCUCAACAUGUUUCUUACCAACAUAAUUGUGUUUGCUCUAAAACUUUGAUUGUUCUUGAUUUUCUGAACAAAAAUGCAUGGUUGGCACCUCAAAGAGACUUAUUUUUUUAGCCUUGCCAUGUAUGUACUUAACAUCACAACAAGAUUAAUAUUUUUUUUUUUUACUGCAGUAGGAGACAUAUAGGGACAGAAGUGAAUGUGUUGUUAGCAAACCUGGGUCAAACAUUAAUUGGAAGGUCAUUUAAGGAUGAAUGCCUGGUGUUUGCUACAUCAGGAGAAUUCAGAUUUUACAAACUGUCCCUUAUAGAAAUGUUCAUUAAAUACCUUCUUAUUAGACUUCUAAAAUAUAUGGCACUGACUGCACUGUGCUAUUUGGCAAACCACACUUAAAUGGACUGUAAAGAGCAAUUCAACAGCAAGCCCACGUGGGCGGCAAACAGCUGCCCGAACCCCUCAACUCAUCAAUCUAAAGUGGAAAGCGAGCUUUAUUUGUGGCCGCGGUCCAGUCAGUGAUGUCAGAGCAGGUUUUCCGCUAUUAAAGUGAAGCAUCUGCCGUGGCAUCGUUGAUCCGGGUGACAUACUAAACCAAUAGAGAGCAACGCAGCCAAAGCUUUCUGCCUUGUGGUUUGAUGAUCACUCGCCCUUAAUAUAUAAGCUAAAGCAAACCACCAAAACUAUGUAUAUUUUUGACCCAGGUUCUUUACUGAUACUGUUCUAUAUUGAUAACUGUUUUUCGUCAUCCUCAAACGCUUGUAUGUCCUGAGUCUAGAAAGAAGCUUAAUAUUCUCAAAAGCAUUCCAUUUCGAUAUCAUACACAUACCUCUCUGAGUCCAGGUCAGUCAUGAUUAGCCGCCCUGCAUUAAGAAGAGAAGGGCUAAAGCCCAGACCGUGCUCCUUCUGCUCUGACAGGCUCCAUCCAGACCCAGGCUCAGUGGCGGUCACUGAAUCGGGGCAGUUCAGGCAGCGUUUCGAGUCAGUCACAUUCACACAGGAUGAUUUUUUUGUGAAGCUGCCUCACGCCCAACAUGGCCAUUUUCAGAAGUUUUUAUUUUGGAUGUAUAUUUGUCCUAAACAAAUCAGAAGCUUUGGACAUCGCAGGCGUUCAACCCUUACAGCAGGGAUGGUGUUCAAGAGCAUUUGGUGAAAAAGCCCCUGAUGUCACUGCAGAUAGACCACAGCCAUUUGGUGCUCAAGUAGACUAGUUUUUGGAUGUUAGACAGUGAAACAAAGACUCUAUCACAUCUGUGAUACAGGAGUUAGAUUUUAUAAUAAUAUAGCUGCCAAAUCUAAUGUAAAAUCCUCUGUUGAUAAUUUUCAGUGACAUACAUUAUUUAAAAUUAGGGGUUUCAUGUUGGGGUUUUUUUUUUUUUCACAGAUAUUUCAGUUAAAUCACGCCAUUUUGCCUGUGUUAUAAGUCUUGAUGCAGUAGUGGGUAAUUAUGGUGUGUGGAGCCACCACAGAUGAUCUGAAAUGGGGAAUAGCAUAAGGCCUGCCUCCAGCCUAAAGGAUGUAUGCUCUCCUUAUUAUAGGAGCUCUUAUAACUCUUUUAACCACUAUCUCUUAGAUAGAUGUAACUUUUUUCCUGUUGUGUUUCUUUUUGUUGGCUGGAACAAUCAGAUUUUUUUGGAGGAAAAUUGCUCUUGCUCUCAUUUCAUAGAAAUGAUAAUUACGUUGAUAAUUAUGUUCAUUUCAACAUCUUCUUGUAAGGGUUUUAUUAAAAUAGUGUACCUCAUGUUGGUACCUUUUUCAUUCGAUUCUGAUCAGUUUCUUGAUACCGCACAUUUUAUAAUGAGUAGAACAUAUACAGGCAAGCAUGCUGUUGUUUUGUGAGCAACGUUGUUCACAGAAAACAGGACAGACUGUUUCGUUUUACCUCAGUGUGAGUCUUUACUCAUUACAGCGGCCUGGAUUGUCUAGUCGAGUGGUGAAGGGGUAAACAAAUGAGGGGAGGAGGGGCCAAUGGAAGAAAUUGACUUUUUACAUUGUUAUUCUGUAAGAGUUAGUUAUUACCAAGAGUUUAAAGCAAGGGUUGACUCGAUUAGUACUCGUGCUUCAAAUGAAAAUCAGAAGAAAAACCAAAAAAA